CCUGCGGUGAUGGCUGUAUAUAACAGUGCGCCACUCUAUAGCUCAACACUGUCGGCGUGUAACUACUCAUUUUGUGACAUUUAAUCUUGUACUUCUGCCUGAUUGUAUUGCAUUUAUACCUCGCUUGACUGGAGUUGUGUUUAUUAAUGUCGUGUCCUUUCAAUGAAACAGUGGAGCUGAACCCAGCCCUCCUCCCUCUAGACUGGCUUCUGGGUACCUGGGAGUCAGAUGAACCUGGAGAGGGCUGCUUCACCUCCAUCAAACCUUUCCGCUACACAGAGACACUGAACUUCAGCCAUGUCGGACAGCCAGUCAUCAACUUCAUGUUCAAUGCCUUCCACGCAGAGACCAAGAAGCCUCUGCACAAGGAGUGUGGCUUCAUCCGAAUGCAGCCGGGAGCCAACAGAGUGGCGUUCAUCAUCGCACAGAACUCAGGUCUGGUGGAGAUUGAGGAGGGAGAGCUGACAGCGCAGACGCUGAACCUGCAGAGCCAGGCUGUGGCCAGAGUCUCCUUCGCCAGAGAGCCGCACGUCCAGCAGAUUUCUCGAGUGUUUCAGUUGCGACCAGAUGGGAGGCUGGAGCAGACAGUUUCCAUGGCAACAGACAACCAGCCGCUGAUGCAGCACUUGCACAUCACCUACCGUCGGUCAUCUUGACCCGACGGGCUACCGGUUCUUCUUCUACAUAGAAAUACUUUGGUCGGCAAAGAUACUCAAUAAUCAAUAAUCCCGGUUUAGUCAGAUAAUCAUAUAAACUGUUUGAGUUAUGGUGUUCAUUAAUACAUUGCAUGGUGAAAAUACAGUAAUAGCUGGGCGUUGUUUAAGCACAACAGUGAGACAGAUGUAGAGUUAAUGUUACGGUGAAAUUAAAAAAAUUAAAGGGGCCCUGUGGAGUUUUCUUGUAAACAAGCAAAAGUUAUGUUUACAUUUAGUGUUGCUCGUCAAAAAGCAUUGUGUUGAACUUUGAGGUUUAACACAUCAAGUGCAUUUCCGUCCUCAUAGAACAAAGUAUUUUGAAUCCUGUAUUGUUUUUGUCCAUGUUUACUAGCAAACGUCUUAUUCCCUACCUUUGCUGGCAUAUUGCUGUAUAUCUCAGCGUAUUACCACCACCUGUAGAUCAGUGGAACUAGUCUAAAACUCCACAGGGAACCUUUUAAUCUAAAAUAAAAAAACAUUUCAUAUUGCACUUCAUGGCCUUGGUUGAUUAUGGGCGCUUGCAUUAUCUUAAUAUUUAUUGUCCAGAUAUUUAAUCUUGGGAGCUGUAAAGCUUAUAACGCACUGAUGAAUUAAUGUUAAGUAAAGUGUCCUCUUUAACUUUCAUUGCACUAUUUUAAGAUUGAAAGCUAAAGUAACUGCUGUCCUUCUGGAGUCAAAGAACAGAGUUGUUCUUAUACUGUGUGUUAUUGCGAUUGUGGUUAUGAUUUAAGCAAGUUUGAGAUUCAAAGAGUUUUCUUCAUGAGUUUCAGGAUGUCCAAGUCUAGUUUGUGUCUUUCGGUAGACAGGUUCAUACUGUAGGUAUACAUGUAGAUGUUCCGAUACGGGCUGCUUUAAAAAAAAAUUAAAGUUAUUUCACUUUA